UGUCGAGUAUCUUAUAAAAGAUACUUGUUUUUUUUUUUUUUCUUGCACUACUACUGUAUGCUUAAUUUUGUCCACCAUGAAACUUUGUACUGGAGGUUUAUCUACAAAUCUAAAAGCUCCAAUCUAUGUGAAGAACUCAAAAUCAGCUUCAACUGUGAAAUGGGUAGUACCUCAGUUUCAGAUUUCUGGUUUUGAAUUUCCAGUUGCCUUAUCUACUAUUUCAGUUCGUUGCACCCAUUCUUCAGUUCAUGUUUCAUCACCAGUUAUUCAGUCUGAUAUUGAUUCAAGCAGACUUCAUAUUCCUGAAGAAAACUUAGAAGGGGUAGAGAAAAAUGUAGAGAAGGUAAUUUAUAGCUGUCGGUUUUUCGCUAUUCUUGCAGUGUGGGGUUCCUUGAUUGGAUCAUUUCUUUGUUUUAUCAAGGGUUGCUCAUGUGUGGUAGAAUCAUUCCAAGCAUACUUUGCAAGCCGAACCAAGGUUAUUGUGUAUCUCGUUGAGGCUCUAGAUAUAUAUUUAUUAGGGACAGUGAUGUUAGUCUUUGGGAUGGGACUCUAUGAGCUGUUCAUCAGCAACCUUGACAAAGGGAAAUCAAUGUCAAGGGAGACAACUCCAUAUAGAUCAAAUCUCUUCGGCAUGUUCACUCUAAAGGAACGACCGAGAUGGUUGGAAAUAACUACUGUUAGUGGGCUGAAAACCAAAAUUGGCCAUGUUAUCGUGAUGCUUCUUCUCAUCGGCUUGUUUGACAAAAGCAAGAGGGCUGUUAUAAACUCUCCAUUUGAUCUGCUUUGCUUCUCAGCUUCUGUGCUUCUUUGCUCUGGCUGCCUCUAUCUGCUUUCAAAACUCACCGACGACAACUGACUAUUUUGUACAUAUUAACACAAAUGUAUGAUGUGGAAGACUGCAUUCAGGAUGAUAUAAACAUCUUUUGUAAUGAAACUGGCAACUCUCUUUCUGGUAGGGGUAUAAUUUUUCCUCAAGAUUUAUAACAUUCCCCUGUUCCAUUCAAGUAGAAAA